UCUUCGUUUAAGUGUUUUGAUUUCAUUUAGGCGGGGGAUUCUAGUUGGAAUUACGGUUAUGUUGACUUCUAGUUGUAUUAUUAUUUAGGUGGCGCCUUGAAGACCAGUAUCCGUCCUAGGUACGGAAAACGUCCGUGGUACUGUACCUUCCACAAAAAAUGUUACUGAAAAACAAUCUCGUUUGUAUUAAAAUAGUGGUACCAAGCAAGUAAUAUUGCAUCGUGAGUCGGCAUUUAGAAAAAGUUUCUAGCUACGAAUUUUUCCAGGAAUGAUUUUAGGAAACAGCUUGUCCCAGAACAGACAGCUGUCCAUGAAGGAGCCAUAUGGGAGACUUUCUAAUUCUUAUUGGCAAUACAUGGUGGAUAUGCAGAAGGAAAAGUAUACCGUAUUUGCUUGAUGAUCUUCGCCAAGUAGUCCUGCCAUACAAGCACAGAGGAAGUGCAGUGGUUUCAGAGUUAGGACCGUCUUGUGCUCAGCUUACUGUUGAAAGAUGGAGGGCCCAGAGGAUGAGCUAGAUGAAUUAGCAGCUAAAAUAGUUUUUGAGCAACUGCCGGAACCUGUGGGAAAGAAGAAAAACACUUUUGAUGAGACACGAAAGAGACUAAUUGAUGCAGCUAAUUGUGUUUUUGGGUCGUUGAAUUGGAAUCAUGCUGUUCUGACUCAAAAUGUUGAUUAUGUAGAUUCCAAUGAAGGAGUGUUUUCAGUUGGAAUAUCAUCAGUUGUCAAAGUAGAAUUAAAAGAUGGCACUUACCAUCAGGAAAUCGGCUAUGGAAUAUCUGAGGGUCUCACAAGUAAAAUACGAAGUAUGUCACAUGCAAGGGAGGAUUCUGUGUUAAGGGGCAUAAGAUCAGCUUUACUCAGUUUCGGCGGAAAGAUGUCAGAAAUUCUGAUGAAUUCUGAUUUUUAUCCUUCUGAAACAAGGAAUUGUGAUGGCAAUUCCCAGAAUGUAGGAAUAACUCCAGAAAAGAAACCACUGGCACAACUUUUUCCCAACAAUCAAGAAUGUACACCUUCCAUGUCAGUGAAAACAACAAAGAAGCCUAGUACCACCUGCACAUCACCAGUGUUACAUAGUGUGAACAAGAAUUGCGUGUCUGAUGAAGAAAGUCGACUUGAAAGGAAGCGGAGACAGCAACAGAAACAAGAACAGUUCCGUCAACAGUUCAAACAACAGAAAUUAAUACAAAACUCAUCAGCUAAAAAUACUCCACAGAAGACAUCAAACAGCAUAGCAGACAAAGGGAAUACAUGUGAGUGGCCAAUUGCCAUUGAAACUCCAUUGGCAGAGGAAGAAUUCUUAUCAACUCAAGAAGUAGAGCAAAUGGUUCAGACAAAAACUGUACCUCUACUGGCUGUGUCAGCUGACAUGAGAUCACCAAAAAGAUUUUCUCCUCUGAGACCAGACAGCUUCAUUCCAAAGAAGCCACAGCAAAACACCAAUUGAUCUAUUUAAACAUCGUAAAAUGUGUAAAAAUAUCAAAUGUUUUAAUGCUUUUUAACUUUUCUAAGCUUAUAAUUGUAUGCAUCUCAAGUAACACCAAAAGGAACUAUUACCUCUAAAAGAGAUUGGUAGAAGCUUUGUAAUUAAAAACAAGACUAAUUGUUAGAAACCACUUUCGAAAGUUUUGCAUAUGUAUAUGAAAUUGAAUUGGAGUACUGAUUUUAGAAACAAUUAUGACAGUGAUAUGUAAGGUUUGAUAGCUGUUUUAAUAAACAGUACUUAAUUCCAAA